AAUACAAUUUGAGAAUUUAAGAGUAAAUUUUUAGCUGAGUGGCUUAUAAAUUUUCUCAAAAGUUCGGUUAUAUACCCCUAGCUCUUUCUCUUUUUUUUUCUUUUUUUUUUUUUUUAAUCUUCCAAUUUGUUGGGACAACAUCAUAUGCUAUUGCUGUCCAUUACUGGCUAGGAAGAUCAAAUAAAGAUUUUUUUUUUAUCUGAAGUAAAGAUUAAAAAAGAUGGAAGGAAAGUCUACACAAAUAUUUGUUUGAUAUUUGUUGGUCAACCAACAACUGCGUAUUAUGCACCUUUUACCAUGUUCGCCAAACUAUACAUCUAAGUGUAGAUGACGCCUUUGCAACUCUUUACGAAAUUCCGACUUUGAAAGGAAGCAUUACGGCAAGAGAUCAAGCUCCAAGCCUUCGCCUCUAUGGCCACUUUCAAGCAACUGUAUCUCAGAAAAGUCUUCAUUUUAGUAUCCAUUAUUUUGCUUGUUUCUGUAAUUCUUGUUUUGGGAGUUUCUUCAGCCACUUGGAAUAAGGUAUCCUCCGAUCAUUAUUCCCUUCAGUUUUACGACUUUGAAAUAGUCAAUGAAUUCCCUCACGACUCCACUGCCUUCACUCAGGGUCUUCUUUAUGCUGGAAAUGAUACUUUAUUUGAGUCAACUGGUCUUUACCGGCAAUCAUCGGUUCGGAAAGUAGCUAUUCGGACUGGAAAGGUUGAGAUUCUUCACAAGAUGGCUGAUUCAUAUUUUGGAGAGGGUUUAACUCUUCUGGGUGAAAGGCUGUUCCAAGUAACUUGGUUGACGAAAAUUGGUUUCAUAUAUGACAGAAAAAAAUUGCAGAAAUUAGAGCAAUUUACACAUGAGAUGGAAGAUGGGUGGGGACUGGCAACUGAUGGCAAAAUCUUAUAUGGAAGUGAUGGGACUUCAACACUGUAUCAAAUCGAUCCUCAAACAUUAAAAGUCACAACAAAAAAUGUCAUCAAGUUUAAUGGUCAAAAUGUACGCUACCUGAAUGAAUUGGAAUAUAUAAAUGGUGAAAUAUGGGCUAAUGUUUGGCAGACUGACUGCAUUAUAAGAAUCUCACCUAAUAAUGGUACAAUACUUGGAUGGAUUCUUCUUCCAAGUUUAAGAGAAGGACUAUUAGCGGCCGGAUAUAACGGUAUUGAUGUUUUAAAUGGCAUCGCUUGGGAUAGCGACAAUAAUCGCAUUUUUGUUACCGGAAAACUCUGGCCAAAGCUUUAUGAGAUCAAGCUGCAUCCAGCUAAGAAACACUACAACAUUGAAGACAUUGAGAAGCUUUGCUUGGCGUGAAAAUUAAGGUAUACGCAUGGGAUAUUUGUACGUUAAAACUGGAACCCAAAUUUUUCCAUUUAAAAAUACGUGAAUUGGAGAUUGUAUUUACACAUUUGAUUACUAGCAUUGUUGUAAAAUUUGUAUUUACUUGAGAAGCCAGCAUCGGCCAGUUCUGAUAAUACUAAUAAUUCACAUUUUUUUUAUGUUCUAUUAUAAUUAGUAUUGAACUUGAAA